AUGGCGGAUCCAGUUCUUCAAUCUCCUACAAACCCACAUUUCUUCCAGCCUCUUCUUCCUGGCUUCAACUCCCACAUCAUCAUUCCUGUAACCUUCUUUUCAAAGCAUAUGAAAAGAAGAAACGGAAACAAGACUGCAAGACUGAGAUCGGACGCUUCAGACAUGACUUGGGAAGUGGAGAUUGACGACGGCCGGAGACUCACCAGAGGAUGGCAAGAAUUCGUCACAGCUCAUGAUCUUCGUAUUGGUGAUGUUGUUGUUUUCAGACACGAAGGAGAUUUGGUGUUUCAUGUCACUCCAUUGGGACCUAGCUGCUGUGAGAUUGAUUAUACACCAGCUCACAACAUUGGUUAUGAUAGUGAUGAUCAUCAUGAAAGCAGACCGAUGAAGAAGAGAGCCAAGAAAAAUCCAAGGAGAGAAGAAGAUUCUUCAACAGACGCUUCUUGUUUUGUAGCAAAUGUCUCGAUCGCGAGCUUGCGCGAUGAUAAGCUGUAUGUUCCAGUUGGUUUUGUGAGGUUAAACUCUCUGAGGGAAACAACCUGUAAGAUUGUUCUUCUUAACGAAAUGGGAAGAUCAUGGAACUUAACUUUCUAUCAUGACAAAAGCGGGGCUUAUCUCAGACAUGGCUGGAGUAGCUUCUGCAGUGCCAAUGGGAUCAAAGAAGGUCGCUCUACAUUCAAACUUGUCCAAAAAUCUGGAACGCCUGUAAUCCGUUUGUGCCAAGCAAGAUAUAAACCAUGCAGAGCAGAAUCUUCUUCAUCAGAUAGUUCUUGUUUCGUUGGAUCUGUCUCGCCUACAAGCUUACGUAAAGAUGCACUGUAUCUUCCAAGAGGGUUUGUGAGAUCAAAUGGUUUGAAGGAAGGAUAUUGUGAUGAGAUGGUUCUGAAGAAUGAAUAUGGUGGAACAUGGAAGUUAGUUAUGAGACACCACAAAUCAAACAACCAUACUGUUAUCAGACAAGGCUGGAGAAAUUUCUGCCGAGCAAACGGGUUAAAAGCUAGAGAUCCCUUUAGGUUUAAACUGGUUAGGACCGAAGAAACACCUGUUCUUUGUUUGUGCCCUGCAGAAACAAAACGUGAAGGCAAGCAAGUAGAGUGUUCAGACAGUACAGAUGUAGAAUCCAUCUCCACAGAUGAUAGCAGCGGAGAAGAGAGUAGCGAAACAGAGGAAAUUGAAGAAGAGGAGAGUAGAGACGACAUCAUUGUGAAGAAGGAAAAUGAAGAGAAGGGCAGAGACGAGAUCAGUGUGAAGAAGGAAAAUGAAGAGGAGAGCAUCAGCUUGAGGGAAUGUUUGAAAGUAGAGAAAUGGAAGUAUUGCUCGGAACCGGGAGCUUCAUCUUCACAAAGUCAAAACCGGUUUGUGACAUUAACUGUUACACCAUACUCUGUUAAAAGCAAUAAACUGAGACUUCCAUUACGUUUCACGCGGGUGAAUGGUAUCAACAAAGCAGGGGAGGUAACUUUGUUGGGUCAAGACGGAGUAAAAUGGUGUGGGUGUCUUGUGAAAGACAGCAACUGGGGAAGAAUGAGAUUAGGAAGUAACUGGAGAGGAUUCUGUGAAGUUCAUGGCGUAAGAAUAGGUGAGUCCUUUGUGUUGGAACUCAUUUGGGAGGAAGAUGCAAGUCCUGUGCUUAAGUUCUGCAACAAAGUAAGUUGUGUGUGA